AUGGAAGGCCAACUACGUGAUGAGGCCGCGCAAGAUCGCGUGCGCUCGGCCACCGAAUUUCUCGAUCCGAACGAUGCCCGAGCACGCAGGCUGCUAUCCUCGCCGUUUGAUUAUUCGGUAGCUUUCGACACUGCCUUGAAGGCCGUCGUCAAAACACUCCCUGGACGUCCAAGCAAAGAAACAUCCGAUGACGCGAAUUAUUACUGUGCCUACGUUGGCGCAUUCGGAGAAUUUUCAUGCAACCCCCGCACCCUCGGAUCGCAACAAUUGAACCACAUGGUGUCCCUGGAGGGCAUUGUCACGAAGUGCUCUUUGGUUCGCCCGAAGAUUGUCCAGAGUGUUCACUAUGUACCCGCGAAAGAGCGCUUUGUUUCCAGAAAAUACCGCGAUCAAACGAUGACUGCCAGUGGAGCUACCACGUUGAAUGUUUACCCUCAAGAAGACGAUGAGAAGAAUGCUCUUAUUACCGAGUACGGUUACUCCACCUACCUCGAUCACCAAUCGAUUUCCAUCCAAGAAAUGCCCGAACGUGCCCCGGCCGGUCAAUUGCCUCGGAGUGUCGAUGUUAUUCUGGACGACGACCUUGUUGAUACCGCAAAGCCUGGUGACAGAAUCCAGCUGGUGGGAAUUUACCGUACGCUCGGUAACCGCAACGCAUCAAAUGGCUCGUCGACCUUCCGCACUGUGGUCAUGGCGAAUAAUAUUAUCCAACUGUCCUCGAAGAGUGGUGGAGGCAUCGCCGAGGCUACUCUUACGGAUACCGACAUCCGAAACAUCAACAAGAUUGCUAAGAAGAAGAAUGUCUUUGAACUACUAUCCAAGUCGCUGGCUCCCAGUAUCCACGGCCACGACUACAUCAAGAAGGCAAUUCUUCUCAUGCUUCUCGGUGGAAUGGAGAAGAAUCUGGACAACGGAACCCACCUUCGUGGUGACAUCAACAUCCUCAUGGUUGGUGAUCCUUCGACUGCCAAGUCUCAGCUCCUCCGCUUUGUGUUGAACACUGCACCCCUGGCAAUUGCUACUACCGGUAGAGGAUCUUCGGGUGUCGGUCUGACUGCCGCUGUAACUUCCGACAAAGAAACCGGCGAGCGCCGACUGGAAGCUGGUGCCAUGGUACUUGGUGAUCGUGGUGUGGUGUGCAUUGACGAGUUCGAUAAAAUGAGUGACGUCGAUCGUGUGGCUAUUCACGAAGUCAUGGAACAACAGACUGUUACAAUUGCCAAGGCCGGUAUUCACACAAGUUUGAAUGCUCGAUGCAGUGUUCUCGCGGCUGCCAACCCUAUCUAUGGCCAAUACGACCCUCACAAAGAUCCCCACAAGAACAUUGCUCUCCCCGACUCCCUACUUUCCCGUUUCGAUUUGCUGUUCGUUGUGACCGACGAUAUUGAGGACACUCACGACCGAAGGAUCUCCGAGCACGUUCUGCGUAUGCACCGCUACCGCCAACCUGGCACCGAAGAAGGUGCCCCCGUUCGUGAACAGCUCAACCAAACGCUGGGCGUGGGCACUGAUGAUCGCCAAGAUGCCAAUGGACCCAGCGAGGUAUUUGAGAAGUUCAACGUCAUGCUUCACGGUGGUAUGAUUGAUGCCGCCAACGCUGGUCGUCGCCGGGGCAAGAAUGUCGAGAUCAUCAGCAUUCCGUUCAUCAAGAAGUACAUCCAGUAUGCCAAGAAGCGUAUUCAGCCUGUUCUGACCAAGGGUGCCGCCGACCACGUUAUUGCGACGUACUCUGCUCUCCGAAACGACGAGCUUACUGGCAACAAGCGUCGCACAUCUCCCAUCACGCCGCGUACUCUCGAAACGCUGAUUCGUCUGUCUACGGCGCAUGCCAAGGCUCGUCUUUCUAGCCGGGUUGAGGAAAAGGAUGCCAAACACGCCGAGGCCAUUCUCCGUUUCGCGAUGUUCAAGGAAGUCGUCGAGGAUGAGCGCCGCAAGAGACGCAAGGUGACGUCAUUUGACGACUCAUCUGAUGACAGCGAUGCUGAACUUGACGAUGACUCCGAUGACGAUGACACCACUGCCCGCGCUACAUCGACCGCAACCCCAGGCAGACGUACGGGCCGGUCCCGUGGGACCGCACCGGCAUCCAGCCUUCCAGCCCCCGAUGAAGAUGAGGAUCCAGACAGCCUCUACACGGCAAGCCCUCGUGCUCAGCGAGUACGCUCCAGCCAAACAGCCCGGACCCAGACCCAGUCACAAAAUGAAGACUCCCAAAUGUCUCUUGUGUCCUCUCACCCAGCUUCACAGCUCAUGGAGACACAGACCGACUCACAAGGCACGUCCUCUACAGACACACCCAUUACCCCAGCUCGUAUGGCAGUCUUCAAGCAGACUCUGGGUCUGCUCAUGGGCAAGCGUGUCUUCGCGGAUAGUGAUACCAGCGCGGUGAACGACCUCAUUGAUGUCGUCAAUACCACGAUCCGAGAGUCACCCAAACACGGUGCCACACAGGUCUUCUCCCGUUCCGAGGCUAUUCAAGCCCUACGUGUCAUGAACGACGAGAACAUUCUGAUGUAUCUUGAAGAUGAUGACAAUGUGUACCGUAUUUAA